AUGUUUAGCACCAUUCUUUCUGAGGGAAAGUUUGAUACAGUUGUCUCUGCGUUUGGUCCUCCAUUGCAGGAUUUAAAAAUGGUUUAUCGAGUGGGAGUUGAAGGCCAUAAUAGCAUCAAAAUGGCAGCCUUGCAAUCUUCCUAUCGUGGUCCAUUGAUUAUCAUUGGAGGCGCGGGCUCUCUGUACUACGGAAAAGGGGUGCAACUAUGCGACGAUGAUCUAUUCGCAUAUCACCACUGGUAUCAAUGGCCCGAUGUUCACUUGGAUUAUAUGGCGAUACGGAUGUUCGAUCAUAGUCAGCGUGGAUUUGGGAUGUUUAUUCGCGGAUUUAAAUGGGCUAGAAGCAAUUACGAGAACCCGGGCUGGUUCUCUUGGGUGACUAGGCCUUUUGCAUGGUAUUUGUUGCGAACGGGAAAAACCACACUCACAGACCCGGAUGCCCUCGGCCUUAUCUUCUGCUCUCGAGUGGCUUUGACUAUGUGGGAGGGAGUCAAAGAGAUACAAUGGAGCUUCCUAUCUCCUCCCUGGCAGUUGCGUGAUAAAGGCAUUAGAACCGGUCAGUAUGAGCUUCUCGUGGAUGACUCUGCCGGAUCGGCGGAAGCCGGUAUCCAUAAUGGUAUUUACAAUGAAGACAUGGCCGUGGCCAUUGUUGACGAAGUCGAGAACAACAAAUUGACCCACAAGCAUUGGACAUGCACUGGCCCGGUUGGCUUGAAGGAGUGGUAA